GGCACGAAACGAGUAUUAGUCUCGGCUCGGCAAUGGAAGUGAACCUACUCUAUCUCGCGACCGUGGUCGCCAUUCUGGCGUACCUCUACCACAUCUUAACCCGGCAUCAUGAUUACUUCCGUGAGAAACCCAUUCCAUCGCUGGCGGCAAAGCCGCUGCUCGGCAGCACCGCAGCGUUGGUGCUGAAGAAAUCAUCAUUCAGUGAACUUGUGAAGGGAUUUUACGACAAGUUUCCCGGAGCGAAGGUGUUUGGUCUGUUCGACUCCAUGACGCGCAUAUUCGUGAUUCGCGACCCCGAGCUGAUUAAGAAGAUAGCGGUGAAGGAUUUCGAGCACUUUAUCGAUCGGCGACCAUUUUUCGGCAAGAAUCCAGAUGGGAACGACGGUCUGAUAUUUAGCAAAACGCUUGUGGGUAUGCAGGGGCAGAAGUGGCGCGAUAUGAGGGCCACCCUCAGUCCCGCGUUCACCGGAAGUAAGAUGCGAGCGAUGUUUGAGUUGAUCGUGAAAUACAGCCAGGGGAUGAGCGAGAUUUUGCGGAAGGAAGCGGCAGAAGUGGGACACAUCGAGUACGAAGUGAAGGAUCUGUACCAGCGGAUCGCGAACGAUAUUAUCGCGACGUGUGCCUUCGGGUUGCAGGUGGAAUCGCUGCAUAGCCGCGAAAACGAGUUCUACACGAUGGGCAAGAAGAUGAUGAAAUUGAACAGAUUUAUCGUGUUUUUGCGAGUGAUGGCAAUCAGGGCUUUCCCGGAUAUAUCAGCCAAGUUGGGUCUGGAUGUUUUCGACAAGGAACAAAUUCAGUACUUUUGCCAAAUUAUAAAGGAGGCUGUGCGAACACGGGAAGCACACGGAAUAGUUCGACCGGAUAUGAUCCAUCUGUUGAUGCAGGCGAAAAAGGGUAUACUGAAACAUCAACAGGAGGAAGCAGAAACCGGCGAGGGAUUCGCAACGGUAAAUGAGUCGGCUGUUGGCAAGGCGACCGCAAACCGAACAAUGACCGAAAUCGAGUUUAUGGCGCAGUGUUUAAUUUUCUUCUUCGCUGGAUUCGAUACCGUGUCCACUGCGUUGAUGUUCGCGUCCUACGAACUGGCGCUAAACCCGGAUAUCCAGCAGAAACUCUACGAAGAAAUUGCGGACACGAACCGUCGGCUGGGUGGUAAGCCGAUAUCGUAUGAUGUUCUACCGAAAAUGAAAUACUUGGAUAUGGUCGUGUCGGAGUCGUUGAGAAUGUGGCCAAUACCGGUCGUUGAUCGACACUGCGUUCGCGACUACACUCUGGACGAUGGCGAGGGACUCAAAUUCACUAUCGACCAGGGAACGUGUAUAUGGAUUCCCGUGCAUGGCCUUCAUCGGGACCCGAAAUACUACCCAAAUCCGGACAAAUUCGACCCGGAGCGAUUCAGUGACGCCAACCGGGUCAAUAUAAACAUGGACGCAUAUUUGCCAUUUGGUGUUGGACCGCGGAACUGCAUCGGAUCGAGGUUUGCUCUCAUGGAGAUGAAGGCGAUUUUGUAUCACUUGCUGCUGAAUUUCUGCAUUGAGAGAUCAGAGCAGACACAGGUGCCGUUAAAGCUGCUCAAGGGAAUGAUGUCAUUGGGAACCGAGAGAGGCAUACAUCUGCGGUUGAAGUUGAGACAGUGAAAAAUUGAUAUAUGAUACAUGCAGUAUUUUCGGUAAUAUAUUUUCGAUUAUACAGUGAUGGGAAAAGUUGCAAGGUCAACCAGUAAAUAGUAAACAAAUGUUAUUAUACUAUUCAAAUAUGUAAUUUUUAGUCUCUGCCUUUCAACAAGCAAACAUAUCACCUUGGAUUUACAUUAUUAGUUGCGAUAUCGCCUCUACGAAUAUCCAGAUAUUUUCUUUUUAAUCAACUGUUAUCAUAAUAUGCCAUUAUUAGAACAAUAUUCGGAAGAAAAAGAAUAUCCUUGUUCUCCGAUAAAGAAGUUCUCGGUAUCGCCUGUUCUCCACGGUACACUAAGAAACCUUCCACUCAAUAUAAAUAUAUUAGGCUGUCAAAAAGUCCUGCGGUAUUUUUUUUGAAUUUUCAUUUGUUCAUAAAAUUAGUUACAAUCAUCUGUUUUAUGUCAAAUAUGCGCCGUUUUGUUCGAUGACUUGUUCCCAACGAGAUGCCAACUUCAUAAUACCCCUGUUAUAGAAGCUCGCUUCCUUAUUGGCAAAAAACUCGGAUAGCCAAUUUUCACAGGCCUCUUUUGUGGCUAACUUCUGACUACCUAGCUCGUUCGCCAUGGACAAAAACAGGUGGUAGUCACUUGGUGCAAGGUCCGGACUAUACGGCGGAUGCAAAAGAACCUCCCAUCCGAGCUCCCGGAGCUUCUGGCGCGUCACCAAAGAAGUGUGUGGCCUGGCGUUGUCCUGAUGGAAGAC